GGUUCAAAGGUAACAGUUGCUUUUCUCUUGUCAUGUAAGAACGUGUGUUUAACUCGAGGAAAGAAAGCUGUUUCAUGAAUAGUGGAUAACUGGAACCCAGCCGUGAUGUCUUCAUACACAUGUAUCAGCUGCCGCGUGCAGUUUGCCGACGCCGACAUGCAGCGUGCGCACUACAAGACCGACUGGCACCGCUACAACCUGAAGCGCAAGGUAGCCAACAUGCCACCAGUCACCGCCGAGAACUUCCAGGAGCGUGUGCUGGCCCAGCGGGCGGCCGCCGAACAGCAGCUGGAAGACGCGCACAGCCUCUCCACCUGCACCACCUGCAACAAGAAGUUCUCCAGUGGCAACGCCUACAACAACCACCUGCAGUCGCACAAGCACCAGCAAGCUGAGAAGAAAGCUGUGGCCGUUGCCCAGGAGGCGGUGCAGCGCAUGAACGAGAAGAACCUGGAGAAAGGAGCCGAGCUGGACAAGGAUGCUCAGAAUGAGGCGAUUCAGAAAGCCAUGAGGGAUGGGCUGAGGCCAAAGCAGAAACACGCCCACUCGGAAGCCACGUCCACGGACAGGCAAUUCAGGAAGAGGCCGGAUAAAGCGCCGAGGCUGGAGUGGUUUGAGCGGCAAGCCAAGAUGAUCGUCACUGACGACGGAGAGGAAGAGGACGACGAUGACGAUGCAGCGGCUGAAGAAGAAUGGGAGGACGUUGAUGACGAUGAUGAGAUGGAGGCUGAUGAAGAGGAGCAGAUGGAUGAGGACAGCGUGGCCACGCCCGCUCCUGCUCCAGGGUCCAUCCCCGUGACCGACUGCCUGUUCUGUUCGCACCACUCGCACUCUCUGAGCAAAAACGUGGCCCACAUGACCAGAGAGCACAGCUUCUUCAUCCCCGACAUCGAGUACCUGGUUGACCUGAGAGGACUCCUCGCAUACCUGGGCGAGAAGGUGGGUUUCGGCAAAGUGUGUUUAUGGUGUAACGAAAAAGGCAAGUCGUUCUACUCGACCGAAGCGGUGCAGGCGCACAUGAGCGACAAGAGCCACUGCAAACUCUACACCGACGGAGACUCGGCACUCGAGUUUGCCGAUUUCUACGACUUCAGGAGUAGCUACCCAGACGCUCACGCUGGAACCGACAUAGAAAUGAUGGACGGAGAGCUUCCUGAUGAGAAGACAGUGGAGUUUGACGAUGACACUUUAGAGCUCACGUUGCCGUCCGGGGCGAAGAUCGGUCACCGCUCACUGAUGCGUUACUAUAAGCAGCGUUUCGGGACACCGAGGGAGCUGGUACCCAUGCACAACCAGCGCGCCGUGGGCCGAGUGCUGAAGCAGUACCGGGCUCUGGGCUGGGCCGGAGAAUCUGGUAAAGGUUCAGUGGUCCAGCAGCAGAAGGACAUGCGGUACGUACAGAGGAUGAAGUCUAAGUGGAUGUUGAGGACUGGAAUGAGCAACAACAUGACCAAGCAGGCCCACUUCAGGGCCCAAGUCAUGUUCUAAAUGUGGCUUAAAUGAUUGCUUUAUUAAUUUAGGACUCUAAGAGACACCGUUCCCACUCUGCAUGUGGUUCUGUUUAAGGACCUCACGGACUUUACCAAAUGAAUAACAUUGAGGACAUUGAUGAUGUGGAUACACAGAUGGACAGGAUGAGCUUAAAAAACAAAACAAAACAAAAAACCACUUAGUCUUGCAUACUCUUGUUUAACUCACUAUAUAUAUAGGCUAGUUAAAACCCCAGAACGAGUGAGAAUUUGACAGGUUUUUAUGUAAAAGAUAUGCUAUUGUACUAUAAAACACAUUAAUAUUACAACUGACUGUAGAGAGAACUGUAAAUUUUUUCUGUACACCAGCUUAUAAAAUUAAAUAAAAUAUUUUUUGUUGGAUGACUUAAA